UGGAGUCGGAUUUGGAAUGAUCUGGAAUCUGAAAAAUCUAUCGCGUCGCCAUGAUAUGCAUAUGCUUCUUGUGACAGUCGGUGAUGAUAUGAUAUGAUGUUCGUCGCGAUGCUUCCACCUUCCGAAAACAUUUGUCGACGGCGGUUAUGAGAGUCACGGAGCGUGCGAUGAGAUCCGCGGGAUCGUGCGGUCAGUGUCGCGUGAUGCGCGCGGAAGCCUAUUGCGUAUGGUGGCGUUAUCAGUGUAUAUACUUGUAUAUAGAUCCCUCAUUUUUUUCUCGCAAUGCGUACCUGAUUAAUUAGCACGCUUAAUCGCGCCAAUUGUUCGCACGCAUCGACGCACGAUGUCUGCUCUGCGGAGGAAAGCGGGCCGGAGAUCAAGAGAAGCGAGAACUGACAAUCUUGUAGGAGGAGACGUGACUAUUGACGACUUUGCCAAUACAUUACGGAUACGCGCUAGGUUCAAGAAAUCGAUUACAAAUGUCUCUAAUGAAGUGAAACAGGAAGCAACGAAAGAAGAGGAUAAACCUACGUGGGAUGAAAUGGAUGAAGAGUAUGAGUCAAAACAUAAUAUGAAAGGAAGGAGAAAUAGAAGAAGAAUGAAAUGUCAAAAAGAUAAUAAUAAUGAAGAAGAUGGAGGAAGUGACUAUCCAUUAGAUAUAUGGUUUAUUAUUUCGGAGUAUAUACAACCUGAAGCAAUAGGAAAGUUUGCAAGGAUUUGUAAAAGUUCUUACUAUGUAACGACUACUGGAAAAUUUUGGUUUCAUUUGUAUAAAACAUAUUACAAAUUCGUAUCAGAUUUACCAGAGUGCCUACAACCACAAUGUAUGAGGUUAUAUGGAUUAAGGGCUUAUGUUAUCAGGGCAUUACAUUACAGUUAUUUUAGAAUAUCGGAUAUGUCUUAUUUACGACAAGAAGAACCACAUUCUCUUGUGAAAAGAAAAUGCACUCUCAUGUGGCAUAAGCAAGGGAAAGUACGAUGGUAUUUCUAUUUUAAGUUGAAGGAGAUUUCCAAAACACGUAAUAGUUCAUUAAGGCAAAAUAAAUGUGAUACUAAAAAAGUCGAAUUCCUCCAAACAUUAGAAGACGUGGCUGUUAAUCCCGAAGACGGAUGCAAAGUGCUUCGGGUGAGUUGCUUCAAGUACAGUAUGUUACCACCGGUGAUCGGAUUAGUUCUGCAAACAGUAUCUAUGACCUUGAUGCCCGGCUUUAGAGAGCACCGACUUCAACUUGGCUUUGGAACGUCGGAUGUUCCUAGUACAUUAACAAAUCACAUAGUACUUCGUAAUGUUGUCGAUUACAGUAUCUUGAAUUGGUGGGAUCCUGCCUACCCUCAUCAGGACGUAGGUUACACGAUUGAAUUACCGCAAAGCGACUCGUGGGACUAGAAUUUAUUACAGAUUGUUCUUAUAUUUUGUGUAUUAUAUUUGGGAAAUAGAAGUCUCUAAAUUUUAUAAAACAAAUAUAUACCAACGUAUAACAGAUGCAAAA